AUGAAGUGGAAUUAUGCUCUGCUGAUUGAAAUGUUUCUUGUGUCGAUUGCUAACAAAAUUAACAAUGUCAGAAUAGCUAGAGAGGUUUGGGCAGCUGAACCUUACCCGAUUAAACUUCAACUUCAUAGUUCUAUAACUUUCUUAGACAUUUGUAAGGAUUGGAUAGAUAAAAAGAGCACCAUUAUUCCUGUAGGAAUUACUUUGAUAAAGGCAUGGUUCAUAUGGAAGGAGAAAUGCAAUCUAGUUUUUAAAAAUAAACAGCAGACAAGUGCACAAUUAGGUACUGAAAUUCAAAGAUACUUAGAAUUCUGGUACAAGGAUCACCCACUACUAAAUCAAGUUAAAAUAGGAAAAAAUUUGAUUCCUAACUGGAAUCCUCCUAAGAGAUCUCAGCUGAAAUUAAAUAUAGAUGCAGCUUGGAUCUCAGCUAAUUUGCCAGCAGGUUUCUCUUUAAUUCUUAGAAAUGAUGCAGGAAUUCUUGAACAAGGAAGAGCAGGAGCUUUCACAUCCUCUACCCCUGAAGAAGCGGAAGCCCUAGGUCUGUUGCAGGGAGCUAAAUGGGCGGCAGAAACUGGCUUGUCAAAUUUCUCAAUAGAGGGUGACUGCAAAAACCUUUUUAAUUACCUUAAUGGUAUUGAAUCUUCUUUAGAAUGGCAGAAUAUAUCCAUAUUAGAUGAUGCUAUCAAUGAACUCAAGUCUUGUAAUAACUUUUUAGGUUUGUAUUUUGUACCGAGAACAGCUAACAAUAUAGCUGACUUAAUGGCCAAAGAAGCCAAAAACUUCAGAUCCAUUCUUAAUUGGAGAAAAGAACCUCCUGAAUGUAUUAGAGUAGCUUUAGAAGUAGAUAAAUCAAAUGCUAGGGUCGAUCCUUCCGGUCCAAUAUUAGAUGGCUCUACUCAUCAUGUUGUACGGGUUACUAACUCCCCAAGUUAG